AUGCAAAGAAAACAUCCUUUAAUUAAACUCAUGCAAGAAAAUGAAAAUGAGGAAGCAAAAAGACAUAAACUCUCUUCGCAUAAUACAGAUCUUCCCGGCAAAGGCAAUGACAAUAAUCAACCUUCAACAUCACGUGCAGUAGUACCAACUAAUUUAGAAAAUAUUUCUGAUGAUGUUAUAACCCAUUCCCCUACUCCUUUUCCGAAAAAAAUUGGUUUUCCUGAGAAGAAAAAGUUGGAUGAAAAGUUAUUAGAACUUGUUACUAAAGACUACCAACCGUUUUCGAUUGUAGAAGAUGAAGGGUUUAGAAACUUCACUAAUGCCUUAAACUCAUCGUAUAUACUACCAAGUAGGAAAACUUUAUCAAACACAUUAUUAGCGGCAAAAUUCGAAGAAGUAAAAAUGAAAACUAGCGAAAUAAUGAAGCGUGUAAAAUCAGUUACUAUAACCACCGAUUGUUGGACUUCUGUAAACAAUGAUGGAUUUAUUGCAGUUACAGCACAUUUUAUCGAUGACAAUUUUUUAGCAAAAUCAAUUUUAUUAGAAGUUGCAGAAUGUAAUACGAGACAUACAAGUAUCAAUUUGGCUAACGAACUGAGAAAAACGACAUCGGAAUGGGGCAUAGAACAUAAAAUUUUAUUGUGCUUGUCAGAUAAUGCAGCAAAUAUAAAAAAAGCAGUAUGUGAUGAGCUGCACUGGACACAUUUAGGUUGCGUUGCUCACACAAUCAACUUAAUUGUUCAAGGUUCCUUGACUCUCGAUCUCGUUAAGCCAAUUCUGACAAAAAUAUCUGAUAUGGUUUCCCACUUCAAAAGAAGUAGUCUUGCAAAAAGUAAGUUAGAUUUCUACCAAAAACAGAACGGUAAGACACCAAAAAAAUUAAUCCAGGCUGUAUCAACAAGGUGGAAUUCAGUUUACUACAUGUUGGAAAGGAUUAAAGAAUUGAAAGAAGAAGUGCGGACAUCUUUGGCAGCAAUCGGAAAAGAAGAUUGGCCGAUGUUAACCCAUCAGGAAUAUAAAUAUGUGGAGGAAAUUACCCAAAUAUUAGCACCUUUAGAGUCGACAACAGUUUUUAUGAGCGCUGAAAAGCAAGUCACCCUUUCUUCGGUGAUUAUAAUUACAAACGGUUUAAAAGAACUAUAUAAAGAAUUAGAAAAAAAAUGUCAGUUUUCUCUCUUAGGUAAAAGUAUUUUACAAAGCAUUUUGAGUGGAAUAGAAAACCGUUUUAAAAAUAUGGAAAUUAAUGAUACGCUACUAUUAAGCACAUUUUUGGAUCCCAGGUUUAAACACGUUGGGUUUUCAACAGAAUCAGCUACCGAAAAGGCAAAGACAUUGGCCACUAACGCAUUGACUGCGCUCAUUAAUAAAAAAACUGACGAAUUAUUACCGCCACUCACAUCAACUGCUGAUCCUGAAGUUCAAGCAUCCAGAGAACAAGUACCAAACGAAGAACAAUUUUCCAUAUGGAGAUCUUUCGACAAAAAGGCUCUCGGCUUUGUCCCUGUUCAGAGUAAACAGUCAAGGGCACAACUUGAAAUACAGCGGUAUUUGGAAGAACCACUUUUAAGCCGAUCUGUAAAUCCAUUAGAGUGGUGGAAAAUUAAUACCUACAACUAUCCCUAUCUUAGCGAAUUAGUUACAGUAAAAUUUGGAACUGUAGCUACAUCUGUCCCAUGUGAAAGAAUGUUUUCUAAAAGCGGGCAAAUAAUCUCCGAUCGUCGAAAUAGAAUUUCUAGCAAUAAAGUUAAACAAAUUAUGUUUGUUAAUCAAAACGAUUUUUGUUAA